AUGGAAGAACCAAAUACAGACAGCCACGGCGUCCCCGAACGGAUCGAAGAAAUAGAAAUUCAGCUGGUCAAAGAUGUUCUACCACCUUCGCCGCCAUUAACCAACGGUAGCAUGUCAGACCUGGAUGGCGGAAAAGUAGACAUACCACUUCCACCUCCGACCAUUAUCCCUAACAAAGUGCUGGACCUCGAUUUGAAGACACCGGACAGCCAUGUACCGCGUGACCCCAGACUGAUCAGACUGACCGGAGUUCACCCAUUCAAUGUCGAAGCACCCCUCACAGAACUAUUCAACGAAGGUUUCCUAACAAGUCCGGAACUGUUUUAUGUGAGGAACCAUGGCGCUGUACCGCAGGUCAAGGACGAAGACAUUAUUGACUGGCAGUUUACAGUGGAAGGACUGGUGGACAAACCGAUGACAAUAUCGCUGAAAGAGUUGAUGACUGAAUACGAGCAAGUGACGUAUCCAAUCACCCUCGUGUGUGCAGGGAAUCGAAGAAAGGAACAGAACGUGGUCCGAAAAAGCAAAGGGUUCUCUUGGGGCGCCGCUGGACUCUCGACGGCUCUCUUCACCGGCGUCGUCAUGUCCGAUGUCAUCAGAAGAGCGAGACCCAUGCGGAAUGCUAGGUAUGUCUGUAUGGAAGGCGCCGACAGGCUUCCCAAUGGAUUCUAUGGCACAUCUGUCAAGUUGAACUGGGCCUUGGACGCCAAUCGCGGCUUCAUGCUCGCUUACAAGAUGAACGGCGAGACACUCCGACCGGAUCACGGCAAGCCUUUGCGUGCAGUGAUCCCCGGCCAGAUCGGAGGUCGGUCCGUCAAAUGGCUGAAGAAGCUGAUUGUCACAGAUGCACCCAGUGACAACUGGUAUCACAUCUACGACAACCGGGUCCUGCCGACCAUGAUCUCUCCUGAAGAGGCGGCAAGCAAUACGAAUUGGUGGAUGGAUGAACGGUAUGCCAUCUACGACCUUAGCCCCAACUCUGUCAUCUGUUACCCCCAGCACGAGGAGCGGCUGUGCCUGAACCGAGCCCCUCACGCCUACAGAGCCAGAGGAUAUGCCUAUAGUGGAGGUGGCCGCCGCAUCACACGUGUCGAGAUCUCACUGGACAAAGGCAAAGCGUGGCGGCUGGCAGAAAUUGACUACGUCGAGGACCGUUACCGACACGUGGAGAAAGAUCUGUUUGGGGGCCGGCUUGACAUGUCGUGGCGCGAGACGUGCUUUUGCUGGUGUUUCUGGUCGAUCAGUCUACUCACUGACGAACUCGCCAGAGCAAAAGACAUCCUCGUGCGUUCAAUGGACGAGAGCAUGAAUGUUCAACCACGCGACAUGUACUGGUCUGUUCUUGGGAUGAUGAACAACCCGUGGUUCCGUGUCACGAUCACCCUGGAUGGCGAGCAACUCCGCUUCGAACACCCGACCCAGCCUGCACUAAUGCCAGGCGGCUGGAUGGAAAGAGUCAAGAAGUCCGGGGGGAACUUGGCCAACGGCUUUUGGGGGGAGAGACUUGACGGCGAAGAACCAACGAUCUCCGUCGAAGAACAGGCCAAGGAAAUCUCUAUGGUCAAGGAAGGUCUCAAGAACCCCGUCACCAUCGACGAGCUUCGGAAACAUGGCACCGAGCAACAGCCCUGGUUCGUGGUCAAGGGCGAAGUGUAUGAUGGCACGGCAUUUCUGAAGGAGCAUCCCGGCGGUGCGCAAAGUAUCAUCUCGGCGGCUGGAUUAGACAGUACUGAGGAGUUUCUCGCGAUCCACAGCGAAACAGCUAAGGCUAUGAUGCCUAAGUAUCAUAUCGGGUCACUUGAUGACGCCGCCAAAACUGCCUUGAUGGUGGGCGAGAUUGAGAUCGAGCAGUGUGUGAAACCUCCCGAUGUCUUCCUGAAUGCCAAAGCAUGGAAGAGGGCCAUCCUCCACGACAAGCGAGUUGUUUCUGGGGAUACUCGUAUCUUUACUUACAAGUUGGAGCAUCCGGAGCAACGCCUCGGCUUACCCGUCGGUCAACAUCUCAUGGUGAGGCUCCGAGACCCCGUCACCCGCGAAGCCAUCAUUCGCAGUUAUACUCCCAUCUCGGAUAUCAACGACCAGGGCUUCAUGGAGAUGCUCGUUAAAGUGUACUUUGCAAAUACAGGCCGCGAGGGUGGCAAGAUGUCCCUGGCGAUGGAUGCUCUGCCCAUUGGACAUUUCGUCGAGAUGAAGGGACCGAUCGGCAAGUUCGAAUACGUUGGUUGUGGCAAGUGUCUCGUCUACGAGCAGGAGAGGAUUGUUGACUCGUUCAUCAUGAUCUGUGGAGGAAGUGGAAUCACGCCCAUCUAUCAAGUCUUCCGGGCCAUCGUUCGAGACCCCGAUGACAAGACGCAGUGCACCAUCUUUGACGGGAAUCGGUUUUUCGAGGACAUUUUGUGCAGAGAAGAGCUCGACGCUUUGCUGAUGGGGAACGAGCACAGAUGUAGAGUCCUGCAUACGCUUACCAACCCACCCAAAGACUGGACGGGCUUGAGAGGGCGCAUCACCGGCCAGUUGGUUCUCGAUCACUCUACCAGAACCGAUGAAACGCUGAUACUCAUAUGUGGUCCAGAGGCGAUGGAGAAGACCAUGCGUGAAGCGCUGCUGGAGCAGGGUUGGCAUGAUGACCAAGUGAUGGUCUUUUAG